UCCAGUAAAGAGCCUGGCGUGCUUAGUUCGAGCCGGCAUUACGCGUUCCCUUCAGGGCCACCCGCAGCUGCCACCGUGAGCUCCGUCACAAACGGGCUCCUUCCUGCGCGCCCUCGGACAUUGCCUACGCUCUUUCGCGCCCUCCCGGCCUCAUCUAGUUGCCUGCGUUUCUCUUCGUCUUCUGGAGCCAUCGUGGGAUAACGUCGUGUUGUGUAGGGUGUGCCUUCGGCUGCCGCGCAAGGAUAUUUUGGGGGAGCAGCACCUUUUGGACAUCGGAUUACCGCUGAAGAGGACGCUUCUUGAAAUUUCGCUUGGGGGGCUCCAGAUGAGUGACUUUGGAAUCAAGAACAUGGAUCAGGUAGCACCUGUAUGCAGUAUGUACAGAGGUUUGCUCAAGCGGCAACCUGCAUUUGAUAACUUCGAAGGUGCAAACUCUUUGUUUACUGGAUAUUUUCCCUCAUUAAAUGAAGAUCAGACACUCCAGGAAGUACCAACAGGCCUCGAUUCUAUUUCUUAUGAAUCAAAUGGCUGUGAAUUACCACUCUUAACCCCAUGCAGUAAGGCUGUGAUGAGUCAAGCCUUAAAAGCAACUUUCAGUGGCUUCAUCAAGGAACAGCGCAGGCUGGGCAUUCCAAAUAAUCCAUGGUUAUGGACUCAGCAGCAGGUGUCUCAGUGGCUUCUUUGGGCUGCCAAUGAAUUUAGUUUGGCAAAUAUGAACUUUGAGAGGUUUGCUAUGAACGGGCAGGAGUUGUGCAACUUGGGAAAAGAACACUUUUUGGAACUUGCACCUGAUUAUGUGGGUGACAUUCUGUGGGAACAUCUGGACCAGAUGAUAAAAGAUCAUCAAGAGAAACCUCAGGAUCAGUAUUUGGAAAACUCUCAUUUCACUUCAUCUCCUCACUGGGUCAACAACAAUUCAUUGGGAGGUAACAUGGAACAGGCACAGUAUUGUGCCCAAGUGCCCAGCUAUUCUAAAACUCAUAACUAUCAAAAAACUGGCCUUCUGAGUGAUUUAACUGUUGGAUCAAAUUUAGUUAACCCGGAACAAGAAUUUCAGAUGUUUCCUAAAGCACAGCUAGAAGCACUCAAUGUGAACUACUGCUCUGCGAAUCAGGACUUCACAAGAAACAAUUUGAAUUUAAUGUUAGAUAACACUGAUAAGCCUAGAGACAAUCAUGAUUCAAGUGACAAUGGCACAGAAACUUAUGAAGGCUUAGAUUCACUGCUACACUCUUGGAACAGCCAGUCUUCCUUAGUGGAUGUUCAACGUGUGCCAUCUUAUGAGAGUUUUGAAGAAGACUGCAGUCAGUCGUUGUGUCUGAACAAACCUACAAUGUCCUUUAAGGACUACAUUCAGGAGAGGAGUGACCCUGUUGAACAGGGGAAACCAGUUAUACCAGCAGCAAUUCUAGCAGGGUUUACAGGCAAUGGGCCUAUACAACUGUGGCAGUUUCUUCUGGAGCUUCUAACUGACAAAUCUUGUCAGUCAUUCAUUAGCUGGACUGGAGAUGGAUGGGAAUUUAAACUAGCUGAUCCAGAUGAGGUUGCACGGCGGUGGGGCAGGAGGAAAAACAAGCCCAAAAUGAAUUAUGAGAAGCUGAGCCGUGGCCUGCGCUAUUAUUAUGACAAGAACAUCAUUCACAAGACUUCUGGGAAACGUUAUGUAUACCGUUUUGUAUGUGACCUACAGAACCUGUUGGGAUAUACAGCGGAGGAGCUUCAUGCCAUGUUAGGAGUGCAGCCAGACACAGAAGACUGAACAUUGCAAUCUUGUGUUACUUUGACAAAUCACGUGAGAACACGCAAACUGUGAAUUGGGACCUCUACUGCAGUCACUGGUUUUAUCUUCUGACUGUUUGGAGUCGUACAACUGUUACGGACCUUGAAGUGAUUCUGAAAUGAGGAGAAGUGGAAGGAAAGAGAAGUGGCCUUACUGCAUUAAGCACAAUUGCUUCAGCUCCUGCUGUAUCAUUUGCUUUGAGCAGCUUGGAGAUCAGCACAGUUCCCAGCUGUCCUCUGAAGAGAUUAAAGUUCUCCAGGGUGUAGUGGACUGGUUUUAUCACACUGCCAUGUAAUUAGGGGUGUUGCCCAUACCAAGGGCUGAUAAGCCAUCAGAAUUUCUAGCUGAAAAGAAAAGAAAACCACCAUCCUACAGAAGCAGCCUUACCGAUGUUACUCGUGGGACAUAUAUGAUUAAGACAAAAGGCUAGAUACCCUUUUUAAAAACAGGUAGUGAGAUGACAUUGCAUUGGGCAUUCUCUCAAAUAUAUAUUUUUGUUAUUAUUCAAAAACAAGUUGUGGAACCUUAAAACUUUUUGUCAAAGCCAGUGAAGCAAUGGAUCCCUUAUAAAGAGGGAAAAUCAUACCAUUUCAAAUCAUACCAUUUCUGUAUAUUUGUGUGUGUGUUUGUGUAUGUUGAUAUGAGUGUAUGUGUGUGUAUUAUGUGUGUGAGUAGAUAUAUAUAUAUAUAUAUAUAUAAGCACGUUCAAAUGAUACUCUGGCAAUUGAAUGCUCCUAUUUAAUAGAUACUGUAAUUUAAGCUAAUAUAAGCAUCUGAAAGACGAAGAAAGUAAAUGUUUCAUUUUUGGAACAGCAGCACUUACAGCGUCCUGCAAGUAUUCAAUCUGCAGGUUAACUGUGGCUGACAAAUUCCAUGACACCCCUCCCCCCAGACUAAUACUAUGUUCUGGGGCAGUAAGAUCCUCUUUAAUUUAUCCUCUGGCUAAGAUUGAAAAUGCCAUCUAAAAUAUUUAUUAAUGGCAUAUCUAUUUAAUUUCUCUGCAUGUUCUUUAAAAAAAACUCUAUACAUCCCCCCCCCCCCCCCCGCCCACCUUCAUCCUCAGCAAAAUAUCUUGUUUAAAGUAUGAAUUCUAUUUUUGGAAAUAAUUCUGACUUCUUUUAAGCAAACAAGGGAAAGAUAUGUAGCAGCUUUUUUUACUGCCAAAAAUGUUCACUGAAAAAAUGUAAUUUGUAAAAAGCUUAUUUUUUAUCUGAGAUUGACUGAAAAUUCAAAUGUACAGUGUGUUGUUUAAAAUUAAUUUUAUUAAAACUUAUUAAACGAA